GGGUUCUUUUUAGGCCAUUUCGGCCUUGGGUAGAGCUGUAUAGUUGGUAGUAGCAGCAGCCCAGGGGUUGUUCAACCCCGCUCACGUAACUUCAGUCAGCAAACAAGCUUCCACGCAUUCACUCGUUUGUGCCAUCUCUCAAACUCAUUUAAGGGACCUUAUCUUUAACAGGCGUUCCGGAAGCGAGAGAUGCACAACACCCAGCAGAGGUUUCGACCCCCAAAACUAUUUGACUUUUAGGAUUUAUUUUUAGGAAGGAAUUUUGUUACAAGGCUGGAGUCUUCGGAGGCUGUCGACAACAAUUUGUCGAAAAAGAAACUCAGCCAUUCAUUUCGACAUAGGAAAAACAAGAAAAUGUUCAGUUUUCAUAAGCCGAAAAUCUACCGUUCAGGAACUGGUUGCUGCAUUUGUCGCGCAAAAUCCAGCAGUUCGAGGUUUACCGAUUCGGGGAAAUAUCAGCCCUAUUUUGAAGCUUGUUUUCAUCUAGAGGAGGAACGUUCCGGUGAUAUAUGCAACGCUUGCGUUUUGCUUGUCAAACGCUUUCGCAAGCUUCCCACCGGAUUGUUACGGCAUUGGGGCCAUGUCGUCGAUGCCCGAGCCAAUACCAAAGUCCGUCCUAAACUAUCGAUAGUGGAAAAGACGCACCAGAUAGAAGAUGAAGAGGAAGCAGGUGGUGAUGACGCUGAGGACGAUGACGACAUCAAAUUAGUCUCUAAAGUAAUUCGCAAGAAACGCCGAGAAAAACGAGAAGAAAAACAUUGGAACCGUUCACGCAGUAAGAUAGCAACCAAGAUAGAAAAUCAAAUGCCCAGCUUUCUGGACCCUCAACUAUGGCACAGGGAGACAGUGUGCUGUGGAACCAUUUUCCGUGGCCCUAUGAAUGCCAUUGUCAUUGAUACAAACAAUUUCCGACCGUGUUUGGCGCGCCGGUCGAGCCGUGAAGAAUCCGUUAGUUCAUCUUCGCUUAGUGGCGGCGCCAGCCCUUCUAGUAGUGGAUCGCCUGUCGCCACUUCGUCGCAAAUCCAUUUUAAGAUGGACGCAGACAAGGGAUGUGUUAGCGGGGGCGAUUCAGAACCUGAAACUGUCGACUUUGACCAAGCAUUUAAGAGCCAAAACGGCCAUUCCAAAAUGGCCGUGCCGGCCGCACUUUAGGAAAUUUUUUCAUAGGCGCGCUUCCUCCUUCCGCGA